AUGACAAUGAACCAUGACUCUGAAGCGGGAGGAUAUCUCAAUCUACUUGAAUUCGGCGAAGUCGACGAGAAUGUAUUAGCGAGCUUGCCGGACGGUUCCAGAAUCGUGGGAAUCAAAGGCUCUGGAAGAAGCUAUUGGACAAGAACAGCUCGCCUUGAUGCCAUAUUGCCAGACGGAUCCAAGCAGGCUUUCUUCCUCAAAGUUGCCGAAGGUGAUAACUGCAGAGGUAUGAUGCAGGGAGAAUAUGAAUCGAUGAAAGCAAUCAUGCGAUUCAGCCCGAACUUCGUCCCGCGUCCCAUAGCCUGGGGGACAUUUGCGUCAAAUCCAAAUUUGCACUUCACUUUAUCCCAGUUCCGCGAAAUUAGGCAAGAACUUCCAGAUAUGAGAUCCACAUGUGCAAGCCUUGCAGAGCUGCACUUGAAGUCACAUUCAGCAGGCAUCCAGAAAUUCGGCUUUCCAGUAAACACCUACAACGGCAGCUUAGCUCAGGAUAAUCGGUGGACCGACAACUGGGAGCAAUUCUUUGCUCAGCAGUUGAGAGGUAUACUGAAACUUGAGGAAAAGGUUUGGGGACCACAGACCGAAGAAAUGCAACAGUUUGUACAGCAAAUCUUCAACAAAGUUAUCCCCAGAUUACUCAGGCCGAUGGAGACCGGUGGGCAUAGUAUCACACCAAGCUUACUCCACGGUGACUUCUGGCACGGCAAUGUAUCAACGGACAUUCUUACGGGGGAACCAGUCACUUAUGAUGCCAGCGCCUUUUGGGGGCACAAUGAGUAUGACAUUCGGACGAUGACGAAACGAGCUAGGUACGAAUUUGGGCCAGCGUGGCAAACAGAAUACUUGAAGCUCUAUCCAGCGGCCUAUCCAGAGGAGGACUUCGGAGCACGGAGCGAUUUAUAUCUCCUUAGGUCGAAGGCACACGACUCAGCGUUGUUUUCGAACAGCCCCAGGUUCCGGCAAAUACUGGUAGAGCAUGCUAAAUCGCUAGUGGAGGCUUAUGGCGAAGGGUAUGAAUGA